AUGCCUCCUGGCCUCAGCUCCAGCUCAGCUCAGCUCCCACCCAGCUCGGUGCCAGCCCUGCUGCCACCGAGAGGGACCAGCCCAGACCCCACUGCCAUCGAGAGGAGCCAGCCCAGACCCCACUGCCACCGAGAGGGACCAGCCCAGGGCCCCCUGCCACCGAGAGGAGCCAGCCCAGGGCUCCCCUGCCACCGAGAGGAGCCAGCCCAGACCCCACUGCCACCGAGAGGGACCAGCCCAGGGCCCCCUGCCACCGAGAGGAGCCAGCCCAGGGCUCCCCUGCCACCGAGAGGAGCCAGCCCAGGGCCCCCUGCCACCGAGAGAGGCCAGCCCAGGGCCCCCUGCCACCGAGAGAGGCCAGCCCAGGGCCCCCUGCCACCGAGAGGGACCAGCCCAGGGCUCCCCUGCCACCGAGAGGGACCAGCCCAGGGCUCCCCUGCCACCGAGAGGGACCAGCCCAGGGCUCCCCUGCCACCGAGAGGGACCAGCCCAGGGCUCCCCUGCCACCGAGAGGGACCAGCCCAGGGCUCCCCUGCCACCGAGAGGGACCAGCCCAGGGCUCCCCUGCCACCGAGAGGGACCAGCCCAGGGCUCCCCUGCCACCGAGAGGGACCAGCCCAGGGCUCCCCUGCCACCGAGAGGGACCAGCCCAGGGCUCCCCUGCCACCGAGAGGGACCAGCCCAGGGCCCCCUGCCACCGAGAGGAGCCAGCCCAGGCCCCGCUGCCACCGAGAGGGACCAGCCCAGGGCCCUCUGCCACCGAGAGGAGCCAGCCCAGGGCCCUCUGCCACCGAGAGGAGCCAGCCCAGGGCCCUCUGCCACCGAGAGGGACCAGCCCAGACCCCGCUGCCACCGAGAGGAGCCAGCCCAGGCCCCGCUGCCACCGAGAGAGGCCAGCCCAGGGCCCUCUGCCACCGAGAGGAGCCAGCCCAGGGCCCCCUGCCACCGAGAGGAGCCAGCCCAGGCCCCGCUGCCACCGAGAGGGACCAGCCCAGGGCCCUCUGCCACCGAGAGGAGCCAGCCCAGGGCCCUCUGCCACCGAGAGGGACCAGCCCAGACCCCGCUGCCACCGAGAGGAGCCAGCCCAGGCCCCGCUGCCACCGAGAGGAGCCAGCCCAGGCCCCGCUGCCACCGAGAGAGGCCAGCCCAGGGCCCUCUGCCACCGAGAGGAGCCAGCCCAGGCCCCGCUGCCACCGAGAGAGGCCAGCCCAGGGCCCCCUGCCACCGAGAGGGGCCAGGCCUCCUCCUAUCCCCCCCUGCGGUCCUCCCUUCCUCUCCGCGCGGGGCCUACGCGCCCUUCUCACCCCCACCGGCCCCCGCCAGGCCCCGCAGCCCCAGCCCCAGCCCAGCCCCGGGCUCCGCCGAGCAGCACCGCGGAACAAAGGCCGCGGGGGAGCCCCGGAGGCCUGCGCGGCGGAGCGAGGGGGCGGAAAGCGCCGCUGGUUCCCAGCCCGUGCCCUGGCCGCUCACCGCCGGUGUCGGGAGGGAGGAGGGAGGCCGCGGGGCAGCAGCGAGGCGCAGGCCCGGCCAGGCCCCUGGGCCGCGGUCCCGGUGCCGGCGGCGCCGCUCGGAGCGGAGCGGGAGGAGGCAACUGCGUCACAGGCCGCCCCGCGCGCGCCUCCCGGCAGCCCCUGCGCGCCGCCGCCGCCCCCCAUUGGCUGCCGCCCGCUCGAGUCCCGCCCCCCCGCCCCGCUUCCCCCGCGGCGAUUGGCUGCGGAGGGCGCGCCCAGGGAGGGGCCAGCGCCGCCAGCGCUGACUGGCUGGCUGCGGGGCGGAAGGGGCGGGGCUGACGCGGCGGAAGAGUGCGGAGAGCCGCGCGGUGAAGCUCCGCCCCCUCGCUGA